AUGGCUUCAGCCUGCCAGACUGAGCGCUCGUGGUCAUCGAAACGGAAACCUUUCUCUUCCCCUUGGGAGAAAAAGUGGGUGACUGUGGGUGACACGUCCCUUAGGAUAUUUAAGUGGGUUCCUGUGACAGACAGCAAGGAGAAAGAAAAAUCAAAAUCGAACAGUUCAGCAGCCCGGGAACCUAAUGGCUUUCCCUCUGAUGCCUCAGCCAAUUCCUCUCUCCUUCUUGAAUUCCAGGAUGAAAAUAGCAACCAGAGUUCCGUGUCCGAUGUCUAUCAACUCAAGGUGGACAGCAGCACUAACUCAAGCCCCAGCCCCCAGCAGAGCGAGUCCCUGAGCCCAGCACACACCUCUGACUUCCGCACAGAUGAUUCCCAGCCCCCCACUCUGGGCCAGGAGAUCCUCGAGGAGCCCUCCCUGCCUGCCUCAGAAGUGGCUGAUGAACCUCCCACCCUCACGAAGGAAGAACCAGUUCCAUUAGAGACACAGAUUGCUGAGGAAGAGGAAGACUCAGGUGCCCCGCCCCUGAAGCGCUUCUGUGUGGACCAACCUGCAGUGCCGCAGACAGCAUCAGAAAGCUAGCACGCCCUUCGCCUCCUGGCCCCUGCCUCUAUUUAUUGCAUUCUGGUUCUGGCCGAGCUGUGUUGCUGGGGUAAGGGCAAGCACUGGGGUCCAGAGCCUGCACAUAUGAACCUUCUGGGCUGGAAGGCUGACAUAGGACUUGGGGCUGUAGCAUCAUCUCCCCAUCCCUGGCACCUGUGUCUGCUUGCUCUUGAGAAGAAGAGCAUUCAUGUCCUUUUUGCACCCCAAGUGGCUGGAGCAUCAGCCAUCCCAAUGUUCAUCUGUCACCUCCAGGUAGCAGUCUCUGCUCCAGAACCUCUGGACUGAGCUGCUGGCACUUCUGUGAGAAGAAAGAUGUGGAAGACGCCCUCUAGAGAAGAGAGCACCUAGGCUUACUUGAACUUGAAUGGAGACUGUAGAUUCAUGAGCUUUCCCAUAGGGCUAGGGGCCCUGUAGGCUGCUGUUGGAGAAUGACUGGGUAGAGACUUUGGAGGGAAGGGAAGAAGCCUCUCCAGUAAGGCAAGGGUUUUGCUCCACAUGAAGACAGAAAGUCCAUAUAGAUUUCUUGUUAUCCUGGCGCUUCUGCCCGUUCCUGAGGUUGUCCUGCCUCUUAUGGGCCUCUUAACUGCAUUUGGGCAUUCCCGUAACCGUCCCCUUUCCCCAACAUACACACACGCUCACAGCUUUCUGUUUUCACCUAUACAUUUUAUUCCAGGAUCCCCUGCCUCCUGCCACAAACUCUGCCCCAGCAAGUAUUUGAGGUUCUGACAGCAGUACCUGUCCCCCACAUUACUCCUUCAGCUCAGAGUUUCUAGAAAGUUUCCUUUUCUUUGAAAUCUGCAUGUUUAAUUGAACUUUGUGAUUUUAUUUUUUGUUUCAAAAAGUUUAAGAAAAUGAAAAUGGGCAACAGUGAGUGAAGACAUAUUUUAGCACUGAAUAGAAUAUUUUUAAAAUUAAACUAUUUGAAAUAUGUC